AUGGCUUUGAAUGAUUACGAUAUUCCCGCCAUUCAACAAGAGAUCAACCGUGCUCCUCGGGCUAAGGCACGAAAGUGUCCUAUAUGGUGUCCGGAACACCAUCCUUACAUGGCAAUUCCCUGUCCAACAGGGCUAUAUAACACGCCCCCAAGACCGCCAUAG